AUGUCUGACCAUGAAGGUGGCAGGAAGGAGCCCCUGAAGCAGCCCAUGAAGCAGGCCAAGGACAUAGAUGAGGAAGAUAAGGCACUCAAGCAGAAACAGAAAGGGGAGCAGAAGAAACUCAAGGAGCUAAAAGCAAAGGCUAUGGGGAUGGGCCUCCUGGCCACAGGUGGAAUUAAGAAAUCUGACAAAAAGUAA